CCACAGCGUAGUUGCGGCAAGAUAAUUUUGAUACAUAGCAAAAUUCAUGCUUCCCUAGAAGUGGAAGUGCUAUAGGCAAACUGAUCGAUUAUGAUUCCCAGUCCAACGCAGCAUCCCGGACCGGCUGCGUAUGGAACCCGCCGGGGGGCGUUCAUGUUUACCCAGGGGCACCAGCUUGGGAAGCCGCACUUGUCGCCCGGCGUCGAUGAGGAAGAUUUGGCUGCCGCUGUUCCCGAUCGCACAACGGGUACUUCGAGCACCCGGGAAGAUCUGGGACGUGGCCUAGCUGGAGGAGAGAUCGAAGACGAUAAAAUCUUGAAGAUUUACCGACCUCGACCUGGCGCCACCGACACGCAAGGUGGAGAACAACAUGCAGAGUCGGUGCUGAUGACGCCGAAGAAGAGUUAUUCACCUUCGGACGCAAACUGCACCAUAGCUGCAGUGGAAAAAGACGACUCGAGAGACUUCGCCCCCAUACCAGCUAGUGCCACGACUGCGUCGGUACUGUUGCAAAGCAAGUUGAAGAGCUCAGAAGAAUUGUGCGAGCGCGCCCGGGCAGCGAUUCAAGCAUCCCGACAGCACCUGCAGCGCCUCAGCACCCAACAGUACCCCGGUACGCCCACCGGACGGAAGCCGCACAGUUACACGACCCCCAGCAGCCGCAGCGCGUCUCCGAAAAAGCAGAAGUCCGCGGUCGGCGGAGAAUUGGAUAAAAAGGAACAACCCAUUGAAACCGAAGCGGGAGAAGUUGAAGUUCUAGACGGAGAUGGUGGGAGCUCGAAACGUGAGGUCGUGUACGGUGGAAACACAGAGGGAGAUGAAAACGCAGGCAGACCGAUACCGAUGGAGCGGGGACAAGUCCUAUCUUCAGAAACCGAAAAUGCAAGCGCAGCAGCUCGCGGCCCUGAACCUGAUACGGUCGUUGACCAGGCUGCGUUUUGUUCGCAAGUGAGCCGGUCUGUCAGUUCCACAAGUAUAGGCUAUCGGAAGAAGCGAGACCAAGCACCAGGAGGCGCAGUGGCAGCAACCUCGUCACGAGCCCAGAGGACGACCAGCAAGGGAUUCACUCUUUUCUACCCCCCGUCACGAACGCUUUCUCGUCAGGCUCACGGCUCAACCAGCAGGCCGAUUUCUUCCGCACGCAUUGCAGGUCCGCGGCCAUCGAGUGGUGCACUAGCAAUUAACAGACCAAGGACCGCAAUCACUACCAAUGUGUCGCACCAGGUCGUGGACUUCCGAUCUCCGCUACUGAAAAAGAUCGACAAGCCGGUGCGUAUUCCCGUCGACGCGGCUGGUUUUGGGGACACGAGCAUAAAAGUGCCGCCCUUCGUUCCGAGUCGAGCGGCUUCCGCACAGGUGCGCCCGCCAUCGCAAAACGGAUGGGUCGUGCCACAGAUCGCCGCCUCACCAGCCGUGCACAUUCCGCCGCAGUUCGCAUGGCCACAAACAGAAGCAGCCGCAGCGCAGAGGACGAUUAACACGACGAACGCGUGGUCUAAUGCUUACUCACGUGACGCGACUGGUCAAAGUAGUACGUCUUUGCUGCGCCAACAAGAUGAACAUGUUGAACUUGUUCCGGCGUCCAGUGGAAAAACUUCCGAAAUUGGUGAUGCUGAAGCUGCAGACUCGUCCUGUCGACAAAGUAAGAAUGCAAACGGCCCGCUUGAUGGUGCUGGACGCGAUCGAAAGCAAGAAUCGCAACACUACCGCAGGCCACAGAGCCCAACGACCUGCAGUCAUGGCGGCAGCAAGAGCAGCCUCGCACGAAAAAGUGAGUUUCCGCUCCUGCGGUUUGCCUCUCCUCCUCUGAAGCGUUCUUUCGAUCGCACGGUAGCAACCCUGCAAAGACGAGCGAGCUUAAAGGACCUGCAAGAUGCCAUCCGUACAAACAGCACGAGAGGCACGUCAGUGCUUUCCAAGGCAGCUUUGCACGGUGCGGGUAGUAGUACUGCGCGCGCUUGCACAAAGGAGGUUUCUACUUCCAGUAGUGGCUCCUCGCGUCUCUUCCAGCACACCAGUAAAAAUGCCAGUUCCAACCAUCCUUGGACAACGUUAUCGCCGCGACCCCUGCGUGCUCCGUUUUCAACGCUGAAAAUCCAGGCUCCGAUGAGUGCCUCGGCUGUCUUUUCCGCUGCUGCCAGUGGGGCAUCUUCAAAGGGUUCGUCGGGAGACACCGGUGCCGGCGCUCCUGCCGCUUCGGGUACUAUCCUUCUCACCACCACCUCGACCACGGCGUCCAGUGCCAGUGCUGGUACAACGACUCGUCCCAAGGGCCGGCCCGCCGACAAGAUGAAACCUGUAGACAAAAACCACGGUGAGUCACCGUCCGCUACAUCGAACCCGCAUGAUCCUUUCGUAGCACACCGCACUGGAAAACCGCAACCGCAAACCAAAGUGGUCGUGGCUGAGAUGAAACCUGCAAGUGUUAAACAAGUUGCGCACCAGCAACCCGCAGCCUCCUCUUCGUCGCGUUUCAAUACGAAGAACCACGUCUCGCCCAUCUCGACCAAUCAAGCACCCUCGCGCGGGUCUGUUGUGACGACGAUGCUGUAUCCAGAGCACACGAAUUCUACUUCUAGCGGCGCACAGGAGGAGACAGGAGCAUUGCGCGCGAAGCCAGUACAGGCUCCGCAGGUCGCCGCGGGUCUCGGUGUAGUUCUUGCCGUCGACCACGCAGAUCCAAAUGGCGUGAGUGGGAAGGAUGGGACACAGACGGUUGGAGACGAUCCGCGUGUAGAGCAGUUCCUCGACAGCCUUCAACUAGACUCCCUGGACCUUCCGCCGGAGAAAAUCGCGGCCCUGACAGCGCGCUCACGAAAAGCGUUUCAGAAUGACGUCGCCGCACAGCGGGUGAGUAAUCAAGGCGUCUUGAUGAAGCGAUCCAAAAGCGAAGUCACUAAGCAAGUCGGUAGUACUUCUAACCGUGCGUCCGCUACGGGCGAGACUACUUGCAAUCGCAACAGAGGAGCAAAGACUAAACCGAAAGCGAGAGUGCGAGUGCCAAUCUCGGCGGGCACCGUACCGGCUCAGCCCCAGCCGCCGAAGCAGAUCGCACAGAAAAAUAGAGCUGCCACCACCACACAGACUAGUCCCCGUGGACCCGCUGUGCGCGCCGCCGACGCGGCCCUGCCGCAUCGAAAACCGCGAGUCCCGACGACUCGCACGGUGUAUGGAUUGCAAAAGUGUCUGGGUCUGGAAGAAUGCAUGUUUGUCAUGCUUGUCUGGCAUGACUCUUGAAUCUGUCACGCACGUUGCCCAAGCGCUCCACUUUUCUGUCAUGCAGAAACGCAGUUUGUCAUGCAGAAUAGGCAACACCUAGAAGCUCGGAAACUUGUCAUGAUGGGCCAGCACUUGUGGCCUCAUCAUGAUACGCCACCCAGCAUCACAAGUUUCCAGACCCAGACACUUUUACAUUUGAUACGGUGUCUCUCGGGACAACUGCGAACCCCGAGCUCGGGCAGGAACCGCGCAUACCCCGCAAAGGGAACAGCAGAAGCAAGACAGAAGAAAAAUCUGAUGAUCGCGCCGUCGUUGUGACUUCGCAAUCGCAUCAAGACUCAGUGUCGAAGAGAUCUGUUGUAGCAGCGACGACUGGAGGUUCCAAGACAGCGAGAGAAGAUGGCAGCUCCGGUACGAACAAAGUGGAAGUUUCACGCAACGCGGAUUCAGCAGAUCUGAUGCUCCAGGAGCGCGAGGCUGUCAUGAUCGAACAGCAACAGCCGUGGCAGUCCUCUGGUACUGGUGCAGGAGGUGCGCGGAGUCCUGCUCACACCCGUCUUAACAAGCAAGCCGCGAGUACCAUACAGGACUUGAAGCAAAGUGUUCUGGCAACGCUCCGCCAUACGACCAAUCCGCAGGGAGAAGACUUAAACUUCCUCUCCGAAACGCUAGAAAAAGCAAUUGCUGUUGUCGAAGCGCAGAAGCCCAAGGGAAGUAAUUGCAGCGACCUCGUGGAACUGCUUGCAAAGCGUGCCUGCAACUUCACCCACAAGGAGAACUGGAGCGACAACGCCGCUUCGCCAUCUUCAUCGUCCGCGGCAACAUGUCCAGAGGGAGGGUUGACAUCGGCACAACUGCAACCCGUAACGUUGUGCCGGAAAACCAUGCGCAUAUUUGUGCACUGCAUUUACCACAUUUCCUCGGAGGUACUUGUUGGCUUGUACGGCUUGACUACGCGGUUUGUUUGUCCACGUUACGUCUGUCUGCUAUGCUGUAGGUUUUUUGGUUGCUUAUGUUUUGACUCUCCUAUCCGUCUUUUCGCAGGUGCUCCGCUCGAGUAUAUUCGAGGCAGUCAUAUCCAUGGUGGAGAAUUGCAGCGUGCGCGGGGACCCACUUGUUGAUCAGCAAGCCAUGCUGGUUUUUGCAAAUGGCCUCAAGGCCGGGAGAAUAAGGAUCGGCUUGUUUUCUCGUGCGGUAUAAUUGGGAUUUAGCAUUUUUCUUUUCUCAUUUUUACUUUUUACCAUCAUUGACGGAAAAUUCUAUGGACAGCUGCAGACGCAAUGAAUUUUUUCAAUUUUCCAUUUAUUAGGGUCAUCGUCAUACUCGUAACUUCGUAUCACUUGCAACAGAAAAUCAACUCCUGCACGACCAGGUGCGCUUGGCAGUGCAACGAGUUGGCCCCUGUAGAGAAGUGUGCUUUUUCCUCACUGAAGCGGCAACGAGGUAUGGAAAAGAGUAUGGGCAGAUCUGUUUACGGUUGGGGUGCUUCCGACUAUUGCAGCAAGUCCCCGAAGAAUACCACGCUGAGCGGGACGUCGCAAGGGAUGCAAUUACAGUCGCAGUGCAGGACAGUGUGAAUGUCAAUGCCGUCCUCUUUCCAAAUGCUGAUCAAUGAUUCAUGUUGCUCCCAACCCCAUGAUUUCAUUUUCAUUGCGCGCACCACAGUGCUUGCAAGAGCACGAAAAGUUU